AUGAAAGUUCUCAUUUUUAUCUUGGUUUUUGUACCAUAUUGUGCUCUUGCCUUUGAUGUAAAAACAGUCAUAGACUCUCCUAUGUUAGCGCAAAAGGUAGGAACUAAUCGCACUAUUAAAGUUGAUAUUAAUGGAAAUGGAGACUUUACAUCAGUACAAGCUGCCAUAGAUUCAAUUCCUAAAGGAAAUUCUAAUUGGGUCAUCGUUCAUAUUAGAAAAGGAGUACACGAGUAUAAAUUCGAUUAUUAUUUGAUUAUCAAGUUAAUUAUAUUAAGUCAAAAGAAGUUAAUUAUAUGAUUUAUUUUAAUCACGUGAAGAGAAAAAGUGCACAUACCAAAGAAUAAGCGUUAUACAUUCAUGAGAGGAAAUGGAAGAGGAAAAACUGCAAUUGUUUGGUCCGAAAGCUCCUCUAACAACAUAGCUUCUGCCACCUUCAAAGUUGAAGCCUUGGAUUUCAUUGCCUUUGGAAUUAGCUUCAAGAAUGAUGCACCUACUGGGAUAGCCUAUACUUCACAAAAUCAAUAUGUGGCAGCAGAAAAAGCAGCAUUUUAUCAUUGUGCAUUUUAUAGUUCACACAACACGCUCUUUGAUUACAAAGGAAGACAUUACUACGAGUCUUGUUGUUACAUUCAAGGUUCCAUUGAUUUCAUAUUUGGUCGUGGCAGAACCAUCUUCCAAGUGAGUUCAUUUUCUUAUCUAAAUUGUGAGAUAUUUGUGGUUGAUGACAAAAGGAUAAAAAUCCGUGGGUCAAUUACAGCUGCAAAUAGAGAAAAUGAAAGUGAGAUGAGUGGAUUUAUAUUUGUCAAAGGCAAAGUUUAUGGCAUUGGUGGUGUGUACUUAGGAAGGGCUAAAGGUCCUUAUUCUAGGGUCAUUUUUGCUAAGACAUACCUCUUCAAAACCGUUGUUCCAGAAAGGAUGGACCAAUUGGAACAUCUUUACCAUGCGGAGUAUAAAUGUCAUGGACCUGGAGCCACAACACAGGGAAGAGCUUCUUGGUCAAGGCAGCUUAGUGAUGAAGAAGCUGCUCCAUUUAUAUCUAUUGAUUACAUUGAUGGCAAGAAUUGGUUACCAGCUUGGAUAUAA